AUGGCUACCAACUCCCAGCUCAAUCUCCAGGCUGUCUACGCCGCACCAGACGCCUCCAAAGUUUUCACGCACGAGAUCCCACCCGCGUCGAGCACAGACUCUUUCGCCGCGAAACAGUCUCACCUGACAACACUGCAAUCGCUCGUCCCCAGGCUACAGGAGGAAAUCAAUGUCUUCCUGACUGAGCGCAUGGAAGAAGAUAAGAAGACCCAGGGCGCAAUCUCGGAGAAGGAGGCCAAGGAAGAGGAGAACUACGGCGAGGAAGUGGUCGAGGAGGAUGCUUGA